GCGGAGGCGACGGAGAGGGAGGGGGAGAAGGCGGAGGGGGCAGUCGCUCUCCGCGGGCCGAGCCGGACGCGUCUUCUUGCCCCCUCCCCCCGGUUCGCCGCUGCCCGGCUGAGCAGAGCGUGGUGCGGGCGGAGGGAGAUGGCCCGGGAGCGCCGGCGCCAGUAACGGGGAGGUGCUGAGCGUCGUCGGGGCGCGCCGGGCCCUGUGCCUCCGGAGGCCGCCGCCCGCCGCCUGCGCGCCCGCCGCCCGCCUCGCGGCCGCUGUCCCCCCUCCCCGACACACGCUCACAGGCCGGGCAUUGAUGGUAAUGUAUGCGAGGAAACAGCAGAGACUCAGUGAUGGCUGUCACGACCGGAGGGGGGACUCGCAGCCUUACCAGGCACUUAAGUAUUCAUCGAAGAGUCACCCCAGUAGUGGUGAUCACAGACAUGAAAAAAUGCGAGACGCCGCAGAUCCUUCACCACCAAAUAAAAUGUUGCGGAGAUCUGAUAGUCCUGAAAACAAAUACAGUGACAGUACAGGUCACAGUAAGGCCAAAAACGUGCAUAUUCACAGAGUUAGAGAGAGGGAUGGUGGGACCAGUUACUCUCCACAAGAAAAUUCACACAACCACAGUGCUCUUCAUAGUUCAAAUUCACAUUCUUCUAAUCCAAGCAAUAAUCCAAGCAAAACUUCAGAUGCACCUUAUGAUUCUGCAGAUGACUGGUCUGAACAUAUUAGCUCUUCUGGGAAAAAAUACUACUACAAUUGUCGAACAGAAGUUUCACAAUGGGAAAAACCAAAAGAGUGGCUUGAAAGAGAGCAGAGACAAAAAGAAGCAAACAAGAUGGCAGUUAAUAGUUUCCCAAAAGAUAGGGAUUACAGAAGAGAGGUGAUGCAGGCAACAGCCACUAGUGGGUUUGCCAGUGGAAUGGAAGACAAGCAUUCCAGUGAUGCCAGUAGUUUGCUCCCACAGAAUAUUUUGUCUCAAACAAGCAGACACAAUGACAGAGACUACAGACUGCCAAGAGCAGAGACUCACAGUAGUUCUACGCCAGUACAGCACCCCAUCAAACCAGUGGUUCAUCCAACUGCUACCCCAAGCACUGUUCCUUCUAGUCCAUUUACGCUACAGUCUGAUCACCAGCCAAAGAAAUCAUUUGAUGCUAAUGGAGCAUCAACUUUAUCAAAACUGCCUACACCCACAUCUUCUGUCCCUGCACAGAAAACAGAAAGAAAAGAAUCUACAUCGGGAGACAAAUCUGUGUCACACGUUUGCACAACUCCUUCCACGUCUUCAGCAUCUGGACUGAACCCCACAUCUGCACCUCCAACGUCCGCUUCAGCCAUCCCCGUUUCUCCUGUCCCACAGUCACCAAUACCUCCGCUACUUCAGGACCCAAAUCUUCUUAGACAGUUACUUCCUGCUUUGCAGGCCACGCUGCAACUUAAUAAUUCUAAUGUGGACAUAUCCAAAAUAAAUGAAGUUCUUACAGCAGCUGUGACACAAGCCUCAUUGCAGUCUAUAAUUCACAAGUUUCUUACUGCUGGACCAUCUGCUUUCAACCUAACUUCUCUGAUUUCUCAAGCUACUCAGCUGUCUACACAAGCCCAGCCAUCUAAUCAGUCUCCAAUGUCGUUAACGUCUGAUGCGUCAUCCCCAAGAUCCUAUGUGUCACCGAGAAUAAGCACACCUCAAACUAACACUGUCCCUAUCAAACCUUUGAUUAGUACUCCUCCUGUUUCAUCACAGCCAAAGGUUAGUACUCCAGUAGUUAAGCAAGGACCAGUUUCACAAUCAGCCACGCAGCAGCCUGUAACUGCUGACAAACAGCAAGGUCAUGAACCUGUUUCCCCUCGAAGUCUUCAGCGCUCAAAUAGCCAGAGAAGUCCAUCACCUGGUCCAAAUCAUACUUCUAGUAGUAAUGCAUCAACUGCAACAGUUGUACCACAGAAUCCAUCUGCCCGACCUGCGUGUUCAUUGACACCCACGCUGGCAGCACACUUCAAUGAAAAUCUCAUUAAGCACGUUCAAGGAUGGCCUGCAGAUCAUGCAGAGAAGCAGGCAUCGAGAUUGCGAGAAGAAGCCCAUAACAUGGGAAGUGUUCACAUGUCAGAAAUUUGUACUGAAUUAAAAAAUUUAAGAUCUUUAGUCCGAGUAUGUGAAAUUCAAGCAACUUUGCGAGAGCAAAGGAUACUAUUUUUGAGACAACAAAUUAAGGAACUUGAAAAGCUAAAAAAUCAGAAUUCCUUCAUGGUGUGAAGAUGUGAAUAAUUGCACACAGAGUUGAGUACAGGAACUGUAAAUCUUGCCCAAUCUUAACAUUUUUGAGCUGCAUUUAAGUAGACUUUGGACCGUUAAGCUGGGCAAAGGAAAUGACAAGGGGAUGGGGUCUGUGAGAUUAAAUUCAGGGGAGAGAUACAAGAUUGAUUUGUAAAACCCUUGAAAUGUAGAUUCUUGUAGAUGUAUUCUUCACGUUGUAAAUAUGUUUUGUAGAGUGAAGCCAUGGGAAGCCAUGUGUAACAGAGCUUAGACAUCCAAAACUAAUCAAUGCUGAGGUGGCUAAAUACCUAGCCUUUUACAUGUAAACCUGUCUGCAAAAUUAGCUUUUUUAAAAAAGAAAAUUUGGGGGGUUAAUUUAUCAUUCAGAAAUCUUGCAUUUUCAAAAAAUUACAGUGCAAGCGCCAGGCGAUCUGUGUCUGAGGAUGCAACCUUGAACCAUAUGGGCAGUGUACAAGAUAUCAUGAAACAACGGUCCCCACACUUGCACCUGAUCAAGAGCAGUGCUUCUUCAUUUGUUUUGCAGAGAAAUGUUUUUCAUUUCCCGUGUGUUCCAUUUCCCUCUGAAAUCCUUGAUCUGAUUUUAUCCAUUUUUUUAAGGCUCCUCUUUUUCUCCUUUCUUAAGGCACUGUUGCUAUGGCACUUUUCUAUAAUCUUUUCAUUCCUGUGUACAGUAGCUUAAAAAUUGCAGUGAUUGAGCAUAACCCACUUGUUUGUAUAAAUUAUUGAAAUCCAUUUGCACCACGUAAGAAUGGACUUAAGUACUGCUGGGCAUGUGUGCUGAAAGUACAGUGAUUGCUCAGAUGUAAGGAAAUGGCCCAAUGAACAUGGUUGUGGGAGGGGAAAGAGGAAACAAAGCUAGUCAGAUGUGAAUUGUACCUGUUGUAAUAAACAUGUUAAAACAAACAAAAAUUGUUAUUUUUCUUUUCUUUGGUCAAUGCAUAUUAGAAUUUGAACUACCUGGGGAUUCUUUAUCAGAACUAUUCUUGUUGAACAUUUAUACUUAAUUGAAAUAAUUCCUUAAGGGCGGUUUUGUUUAAAGCAUAUUAACAGGAAGUUGUGUGUAAGAAUAUUUAAUGAAAUAAUGAAAUUCAACAAGAAUGAUUAAGUCACUUCCCAAGUGGUUGUCAUUUGUUAAACCCUGGUUACCUGUCUUGCUAUCACGACCUUUCAUUUUGAAGGAUGUCUGUGUUGUAGCUAUAACUGUUCAAGUCUGGUGCUGACUGCUGUUCUUAGCCAUCACAAAACGCUAAAUUUGUGUAAUUGGAGCUUCCUGCUGUUAUCUGGAAAUGGUGGGAAAGCUCAGCUUUGUAUAUUGUUUCCUAAAGUAUAUUAAAAUAAAAAAAGAAACUAUUGCUACUAUAAAAUUA